GUGGAGUUUGGAAUUAGGUUUGCUGGUGAACCAUUUUUGACUCAACAAAAAAAAAGAGGAAUGACUAACUUUUUUGCACAAUUUUGUAAAAACCUUUUUUUUUUAAAAAAAAAUUGAGAUUAUCUCUGUCCCAAACUCUUGUUUUAUCGCUUAAUGACUUCGAGGGCGAGGUCAACCCUAAGUGUGGGGAGAUUGGAGUUUGGUACAGAAUAUUUUGUGUAAAAAAAAUAUUAUUGAUUAAGGCGAGAGAACGAUUUCUCAAAACAGUCCAAGAAGAACGCCAACUGCUCCAAACCUAGAAAGAUAACAAACAACGCGAAUAUUGGGAGCAUGUGCAAAAGAUGCUGGAGGACUUUAAGAAGGCUAUGGAACAACAAGAAGAGAUGGAGGAAAUUUUUGUUCUAGAAGAGGAUGAAGAAUCUGAGACAGAAUCUGAAAUUGAAUCCAACAAUGUCUCAAUUCUUGAAUACCCACAAACUCCAUCCCCACUGUAUAUCGAGAACAAGAUAACACUUGCAGAAAUGAUUGCACGAGGUACAAUGGUGAUGCUUCCUGAAAGCCCACGAAGUUUAAUCGUACAAGAUGUGAAGCCUACCGAGGGUCCUGUCUCGGAACCGCCUUCACCAGCUGCACCAGAAACGUUGGAGGAACCUGUCCUCCUAACAUGUGUUGAAGACACUUCUCCAGAGGAACCUGUUCUGGAGAAAUCUAAGCCCACCACCAACCCCCUUGAUACUGAUGAGUCUGAACAACCUAUAGACGAGGAACUACCCUGUGAUGCUGAGUCCAUUCCGUCUAUAGGAGUUCUUAAUAUUGAAGUCUCACCGGAGGAUUCAGACGAAGCCUUCUUUGACUCCCUACUUGACGGGUACAACCAUUCUUACCUGAAGGAAAGUUAUAGUCAAAUAAGCUCGGACGAACUUUUGAUGAGCGACACUGAAGACUCAAGGGAAGGCGAUGCCGUAAUCAUCGAACCACAAAUAGAAAGUUUGCCCAUUGAAGACUUGGAAAGUCAGAUCCUGGCACUAAAGGCCAAUGAUGUGGAUACACCGAGGAGACUCCCACCACCACCCAUCCAAGAUGAGUCUCCUCCAUUUUUCCUGUUGCCACCAAGCCGCAAGAAUGAGUCAAAGAUCCUGGACUUUGACUGGAAAAGAACCAAACAAAGGUGGCAUCAGAAGAGAGUCAAA